AGGAAACGUGAAAUGCUGCAAGAAGCUUGAGCCGAAACCCGUUGUGUUUGCUUGUGUUGAAUUCUUGACAAAAAUGAGCGCAAAUAUUUGCGAGAGUCUUUACUUUAACUACCAAAGAUGGUAGUUAACCUUGAGUCAACCCGGGAAUCGAUUCAUCUCGUUAAACUCAACUACGGAGAAGAAUGCCUUUGCUGGUACGCUAGCUAGCUAGCUCGCGUUAGCUUUCAGGAUGAACAACUGAACGCUAACCGAUCAGGCAAAAUAUAAAUGUACAAUGAGUGAAUCUUGAGAGCGCUGUCUCUCGAAAACGCGUCGAGGAAAGAGAGUUUCGUGUGUGCCUUUAGCUACCUCCGAACCGUGUGGGUACUGUUUACACGAUGAAGAACUGCGAGUACCAGCAGAUCGACCCGCGGGCGCUGUCGGUGUCGCCCACGUCGGCACAGAACCACACCGAGAAGAAAGCGCAGCGGCCGCGGAGGAAAUGGGAAGUGUUCCCAGGGAAGAACAGAUUUUUCUGCGAUGGACGGAUCAUACUGGCCAGACAGAGCGGUGUCCUUCCUCUGACACUGGGCCUUAUUGUUGUCACUUGUGGCCUUUUCUUUGCAUUCGAUUGCCCAUUCUUGGUCGAGCAUCUGACCGUCUUCAUACCUGUGAUUGGUGGGAUGCUGUUUGUAUUUGUGGUCAUCUCCCUGCUGAGAACCAGCUUUACAGACCCAGGCAUCCUGCCUAGGGCGACCCCAGAUGAAGCUGCAGACAUAGAGAAGCAGAUAGAUACCUCAGGAUCCUCUACAUAUCGCCCCCCUCCACGAACCAAGGAGAUCCUCAUCAACCAGCAGGUGGUAAAGCUCAAAUACUGCUUCACUUGUAAAAUGUUCCGCCCUCCUCGGACCUCCCACUGCAGCCUGUGUGACAACUGUGUGGAACGAUUUGAUCACCACUGCCCAUGGGUGGGGAACUGUGUGGGCAAACGCAAUUACCGCUUUUUCUACAGCUUCAUCAUCUCUCUGUCGUUUCUGACAUCUUUCAUAUUUGGCUGUGUCAUCACACACAUCACUCUGCGUUCUCAGGCAGGCACAAGCCUUGUUCAAGCCAUUCAGGAGAGCCCUGCCAGUGUGGUGGAGUUGGUGAUUUGUUUCUUCUCCAUCUGGUCUAUACUGGGCCUCUCAGGCUUCCAUACAUACUUAGUAGCCUCCAACCUCACAACAAAUGAAGAUAUAAAGGGCUCAUGGUCAAGUAAAAGGGGGGCAGAGGAGUCUGGGAACCCAUACAGUUACAACAGCAUUAUAACCAACUGCUGCGUGACGUUAUGUGGGCCCAUGCCCCCGAGUCUGAUUGACAGAAGAGGUUUCUUGCCUCCUGAUGAGGCGAUCCCUGCUGCUUCUGCCUCGGAGAUAGAGCUGCCACUCUUCACAGCCAAGAAUGACGCGCACAUGUGCACCCAGAGCACCAAGGACGUGCUGGAGAGGAUGGUCCACUCCUCUGACUUUCAUGGCCUGUGCCCCCCUGGCACACCAAAGACCACCCCUCUUGGCCUGGAGGCUUCUAGCACGCCAGCACCUUCCACAGGGCCUUCACCCUCCACUGGCUGCUCACAACAGCACGACCACCAGCCUGUGGCUGCUCCUUGCCCCCCGUUCAGCAGAAGCAGCAAGAGGGACUCGCUGCACUCCAUCAAUCCGGCCUUCCGUCUGGCUUCACCCUCGCCGUCGCUGAGCCGCGCCAGCUUGAUUCUGGACGAUGCACCCGACAUUGGCUUUAUCCCACUACCCUGAGUGUGAACCCAGUUAUGACAGGACAGAAGGAGCCAUAGUGGACUUAUUCAUCUGCUCUGUAUCGCUGGCAGUGAUUUUGGCUACAAAGAGACUUUUUCACAGUGGUGGUCGUGAUGUUUGUUGCCAUUUGGUUUCUUAAGAUGUCAUUCUGAUGAGUUGGUUAAGCAUUACCUGGAGGGCUUUUAUGUUCUGUGAGUUAUACCAACAAUGUCCUACUUGUGUCCUUCAGGAUGGAGGUAAAUCUUAGUAAACACUCGGAAGCACAAUAUAGAGAUAUUUUUUUAAACACCUUUUUAUUAAGAUGCCCAGAACAUGCCUCCUCACCUUCCACAGAACCUCAAGCCAUACAUCACCCCCGCAGUGUUUGAGUUCCUGUUAAUCUCUUAUGCAAACAGGUCUUUAAAUCUGGGAAUACUCACAGUUUGACUGUGGAUGGAAGUAAAGAAACAAAAGAUUUACUGAACUGACAUUCUCUGGAUAGUGAGCCAUUUCAGGAUGACCACAUCAUGUGUUAGCCUUAUGUAUCAUUUCCUAUCAUCCAGAUUUACAUCGGCCCACUGUCACUGGGUGGAUCCAGUUUGACUGUUUUGAGAUAAAUUAGUAAUCAGUUUGAAAGGGCAGGACAAGGUGGAGUUUUUGCUUUAUUUUUAUUAUUUACUUAUCAAACAUUUUUUCUGCAUGUCUUGUACAUCAGAUGGUUUUAAACUAAAUGGCUAAAUAUGUUGUUUUUGGGUUUUUUUGUGAGGUUUAUCACAUUAGGAGACAUUAACUGAAAGAUGAUACUUAAAACUGAGUGAAUUUGUUCAGAUUUCUUCAGGUAUGACUGGAUACUAAGUGACUGAAAUGUGUAGCAUUUAUACAUAUUGUAUAAUGUCCAUUCUGUAGCUUUACCUAAUUUGCUGGAUGUUAAAACCAAGUAUUUAAAAAAGUCAAAGUCAAAUUUGCUGCCGCCUAUCAGGGCUUGGAUUUGAGUAUUCAUUGUUGAAGCACUGUUAUCUCCUAUCCAUGUGAUCGACUGGGACGCUUUCAGUACAAGUGAGCAUCUGCUUUUUCUUUGCCUCAGGGCAUGUCAACAGUAUGUUACCUGUCAUGAGUGCGUCGGUGGUUGAAGCACAGUCUUGAUGUAUGGACUGUUUCAAUCAGAGUAAUGUUUCAGGAAUGUUGAUGAGGCCUCUAAUGCAGUUCAAGCUGUCAUUUUCAUGGCUGUGACCUUUCACUGCUCUUGCAGCAUGAAACUUAACCCCUCUAUCUGUAAUGGUGGAGUUCAGUUUCUUGUCAGAGUGAGGAGGUAGUUUGUGCCACUAGGGGGCAGGAUGUGAAUUAGGCAUCACAGAAGACGAAUAGUAGAGGAGAGGCCUUUUGAUGUUUUAUUUAUUCUUUUUUUAUUUGAGCGUUGAAGCUGUGCAUAGGUUGUGAAUUUGUGAAGAACCACUUUGCCAUAGUCAGAGGGUCAUUCAUUUAUCAGUCUGCAUCAAGACCCAUAGUUUGUGUAGAGAUAAUUACAAGCAGUGCUUGUAUGGACAAACUUGUUUGCAUUUUGUAGGAUGUAACAGUGGAGCUGUAACAUUUGGUCAAUAAAAAAUGAUCAG